AUGAAGGAGAAAUCCAAAACGGCCGCGAGGACCCGCCGUGAGAAGGAGAACAGUGAGUUUUACGAACUGGCGAAGAUGCUCCCGUUACCGUCCGCCAUCACGUCACAGCUCGACAAGGCCUCGAUUAUUCGACUCACCACCAGCUACCUCAAGAUGCGGAUCGUCUUCCCUCAGGUUGACCGUGUGUUUGAAGUGACGUCACCUGCAGACUCUAGGACACCUCCCUCACAGAGCACACCUCCCUCACAGAGCACACCUCCCUCACAGAGGACACCUCCCUCACAGAGCACACCUCCCUCACAGAGCACACCUCCCUCACAGAGCACACCUCCCUCACAGAGCACACCUCCCCUCACCUCCCUCACAGAGGACACCUCCCUCACAGAGCACACCUCCCUCACAGAGCACACCUCCCUCACAGAGGACACCUCCCUCACAGAGCACACCUCCCUCACAGAGCACACCUCCCUCACAGAGCACACCUCCCUCACAGAGCACACCUCCCUCACAGAGGACACCUCCCUCACAGAGCACACCUCCCUCACAGAGCACACCUCCCUCACAGAGCACACCUCCCUCACAGAGGACACCUCCCUCACAGAGCACACCUCCCUCACAGAGCACACCUCCCUCACAGAGCACACCUCCCUCACAGAGCACACCUCCCUCACAGAGCACACCUCCCUCACAGAGCACACCUCCCUCACAGAGCACACCUCCCUCACAGAGGACACCUCCCUCACAGAGCACACCUCCCUCACAGAGCACACCUCCCUCACAGAGGACACCUCCCUCACAGAGCACACCUCCCUCACAGAGCACACCUCCCUCACAGAGCACACCUCCCUCACAGAGCACACCUCCCUCACAGAGCACACCUCCCUCACAGAGCACACCUCCCUGAACCCCCAGCGCUCCUCAAACCCCUCCUGA